AUGGCUAGAUCAAGAAUCAUGAACACCAAGCUAAACCCAUCUCCAUUUUUGAACCUUCUUUCUCUAACACCAUUUUCUUCUCUAAUCUCAACACCCAAAAAAAUCCAUAAAACCAAGAAACUUCUUCUUCCUUCUACUUCUAUCUCUCUCCUCUUCGUCUCUCUUCUUUCCUUCUUCGUUUUCCCAGUCAUCAUUAUUCUGGGCACCAUUAAAGUUUCUCAGAGUUCUUCCUCUUGCUCUGUAUGCUCUCCUGCUACUUCUCUUUCUUCUUCAUCAUCUUCUCCUUCUUCUCGCAUGCUUCUUGCUUCUCUUUCCGCCAUUUUUUCUGAUUAUGGUGAUGAAGAUAAACCAAGAUUAUCAGUUAGUGAGAUGGUUCCUCUUCCUGCUCAUGGGAUUCCUUCAAAUUUGAGUCAAGAAGAGAUUGAGUUUUGGAAACAGCCAGAUAAUGAAGGGUAUCAACCCUGCUUGGAUUUUAGCAUCCGUUAUCGAAAAGAAUCGAGUGUGAUUUCUAGGGAGAACAAAAGGUUUCUUGUGGUUGUGGCUUCUGGUGGGUUGAAUCAGCAGAGGAAUCAGAUUGUUGAUGCUGUUGUUAUUGCUAGAAUCUUGAAAGCUGUUCUUGUUGUCCCUAUUCUGCAGGUUAAUAUCAUCUGGGGCGAUGAAAGUGAAUUCUCGGACAUUUUUGAUGUUGAACACUUCAAAAGAACCUUACUUGCAGAUGUGCGUGUUGUAUCCUCUCUUCCCUUCAAACAUUUGAUCUCAAGACAGUCUGUCGAGACUCAAAUCCCAUUUGACGUUUCUCCACUUUGGAUUCGUACCCGCUUCUCAAAACAGCUAAAUGAAGAGGGUAUACUAGUUCUUAAAGGCUUAGACUCUAAGCUAGCGAAGAAUCUUCCCUCGGACCUCCAAAAGUUGCGUUGCAAAGUUGCGUUUCAUGCCUUGCGCUUUGCGGCUCCAAUUAGGGACCUUGGGAAUAGAUUAGCGAGGCGAAUGUGGAUUGAAGGUCCAUAUAUUGCCAUUCAUCUUAGGCUAGAGAAGGAUGUGUGGAUUAGAACAGGCUGCCAAACUGGACUAGGACCUCAAUUUGAUAGGAUGAUCAGUGAAGAGAGGAGUACUAGGCCAGAGUAUCUCACCGGAAGGCUUAACAUGAGCUAUCCUCAACGCCGUCUAGCUGGUCUCUGUCCCUUGAAUGCAUUUGAAGUGGCCAGGCUUUUAAAGGCACUAGGGGCAUCAAGAGAUGCAAGAGUGUAUGUAGCAGGAGGUGAGCCAUAUGGUGGAUCAGACGCGCUUAAGCCACUCAUCCGAGAGUAUCCGAAUAUGUUCACUAAACAAACUCUAGCAAGGGAAGGUGAGCUGCUUCCAUUUUUCAACAGAUCAUCAGCAUUAGCAGCCUUAGACUACAUUGUAUCCCUGAGUAGUGAUGUCUUCUUGCCAUCGCAUGGGGGCAACAUGGGCCGAGCUAUGCAGGGUCACAGGGCAUACUCGGGGCACAGGAAAUAUAUAAAACCUAACAAAAGAAUGAUGCUUCCAUUCUUUGAGGAAAAGUCCAUUUCUGAAGCAGAGCUUGGGAGUGUAAUUAGGAAAAUGCAUGAAAAGUCCCAAGGCCAGGCUGAACCUAGAACUGGAAAGAGAGACAGAGAUGUGAUUGCGUAUCCUGUACCCGAAUGUAUGUGUAAACAUCCUUCUUUUUCUUCUUCUUUUUCCUAG